UGACGAUGGAUUUGGAGCUAGACACACAACGAAGAAGAAAAAAAAACUCCAAAACCCAACAAAGGAGAGAAUAAACCUAACAAAAAGAAAAACUCAUUGCAGUGGGAAAGCUCUAAGGAUAAAAAGAACAGAAAGAAAGCUUCUAGCUUGACCUCUCAAAUCACUGUUGUUCGUUGGCAUGGGAGUUUUGAGUUAGGAGAGAGAAAAAGUUAAUAUAAGUCAGAAGUUAAGGCCAAGUAGAGAAGAGAGAGAUUUGUAAAUCAUACUCAUACAUAUUCAUCUAUGUCUCAUCAAUUUUCAACCCAUACUUACUCUUAAGUCUUAUUUCUGCAAAUUGUCAACUGGGUCUUGCUCAUUUUUCAUUGUUAUUAUCUUCUUCUUCUUCUUCUUCUUCUUCCUUGUGUUGUUCUUUUAGCUAAAAAGAGAGGACCCCAUUUGAGGAAAAGAGAGAAACCCCAUUAAAGCUUAUGCUUUUGUUGUUGUUUCUGCUUCAUGUUUUAUCAUUUGCAAUCCCCCGAGUUGUUGGUUCUUAGCUCUGGUGGAUUAAUCUCAACUGUUUCUUGUUCUUGUUCUAAUGGAAACCCCACCAGCAGAGGAGCUUCUAAAGAAGAUCCAGGAACUCGAAGCGGGUCAUGCCCACCUCAAGCAAGAGAUGACCAAGCUCAUGCAAUCUGGUUCUGAAGAUGCCGCCAAGCGGGAUCAGCACCACCGCCCCCAUCAAAGGUCUCACUCCAUUUCGCCCCAGCGCUCCAGGUUUGGUGGUCCACGAAGAAGAGCUGCCGCUCUUGAUGGCUCCCCUUCGCUCCGCCAUUCCUCUCCGCUGCAGAGGGAGAGUCGGAGUCGUGAUCUUUCAAAUGCCACUGCCGCCGGAGGGGAAGGAGUUGGCCCUUCCGCUGUCAACUUUACUAAUAAGCAGUAUCUGAAUAUAUUGCAGUCUAUGGGGCAGGCUGUUCAUAUUUUUGAUCUUAGUGGUCGAAUAAUCUACUGGAACAGGACUGCUGAAAAUCUAUAUGGUUACUCUGCGGCAGAGGCCUUAGGCCAGGAUGCCAUUGAGCUUUUAGUAGAUCCCCGUGACUUUUCUUCAGCCAAUAAUAUAGUCAAACGUGUCACUGUGGGGGAGAACUGGACUGGACAGUUUCCUGUAAAAAAUAAGACAGGGGAAAGGAUUUUAGCUGUUGUAACCAAUACACCUUUCUAUGAUGAUGAUGGUGCUUUGAUAGGAGUAAUCUGCGUAUCAAGUGAUUCACAACCCUUCAGAGAAAUGGUGGUUUCACAAGUUGAUGGAAAGCAACACUCAGAAAGCACUUUUCGGCCCAGAAAUACUGUUACAACGAAACUUGGUCUCGAUCCUGAGCAGCCUUUGCAGACUGCUAUCGCAUCAAAGAUAACAAAUUUGGCAUCCAAGGUGAGCAACAAAGUCAAGUCGAGAAUUCGGUCUUCAGAAAACAACGUGGAUCGUGAAGGUGGGAGUGGAGAUAGCUAUUCUGAUCCUGGAUACUUAGAUGCUAUUAACUCUGACCAACGGGAGGAUGCUAAUUCAAGUGGAGCUAGCACACCCAGAGGAGAAGUAUCUGUACUCCCAUUUGGCUUCUUUUCCAAUCUUGAUGAAAGGUCUCCAGGAAAACCCUCCAGAGAUUCUGGCGAUGAAAGUGAAGGAAAAUCUGCAAUCCACAAGAUGAUCUCUUCGAAGGCUGAGGCAUGGAUGGGUAAAAAAGGGCUAUCAUGGCCGUGGAAAGGGAAUGAUCGAGAAGGGUCGGAUGUUAAGACUCCACGCUUUGUUUGGCCUUGGUUACAAAAUGAUCAAGAGAAUGAUUCAAGCAAUCUGAAGAAUCCUAUUACAAAACUAGAAAACCAUGCAAAUGAUUUUAACCGGCAUGCAAAUAAUGAGGCUUCAGGAUCCUGGUCGUCCUCAUUUAAUGUCAACAGCACAAGCAGUGUUAGCAGCUGUGGAAGUACCAGUAGUAGUACUGUGAAUAAGGUGGACAUUGACACUGACUGCUUGGACUAUGAAAUCUUGUGGGAAGACUUGACAAUUGGAGAGCAGAUUGGACAAGGUUCAUGUGGGACUGUAUAUCAUGGCCUGUGGUACGGAUCAGAUGUUGCUAUCAAGGUAUUCUCCAAGCAAGAAUAUUCAGAUGAUGUGAUAACCUCUUUUAGACAAGAGGUAUCUCUUAUGAAAAGACUUCGACAUCCAAAUGUACUGCUCUUUAUGGGAGCUGUGACUUCACCAGAACGUCUUUGCAUUGUGACAGAGUUCCUUCCACGUGGAAGCUUGUUUCGCUUAUUACAGAGGAACACAUCAAAAUUAGAAUGGAGAAGGCGUGUUCAUAUGGCAUUGGAUAUAGCACGGGGCAUGAAUUAUCUUCAUCAUUUCAAUCCACCUAUCAUUCAUCGAGAUUUAAAGUCUUCAAAUCUUCUCGUGGAUAGGAACUGGACUGUCAAAGUUGGUGAUUUCGGUCUUUCGCGUCUGAAGCAUGAAACAUAUCUCACAACUAAGACUGGGAAAGGAACGCCUCAAUGGAUGGCACCAGAAGUUCUUCGUAAUGAGCCCUCAGAUGAGAAGUCUGAUGUAUACAGCUUUGGAGUGAUACUCUGGGAGCUUGCUACUGAGAAGAUUCCUUGGGAUAAUCUCAACUCAAUGCAGGUAAUUGGUGCUGUGGGGUUUAUGAACCAAAGGCUGGAGAUUCCAAAAGAUGUAGAUCCUCAAUGGGCUUCAGUAAUUGAAAGCUGCUGGCAUAGUGAUCCAACACGCCGUCCAGCAUUCCAAGAACUGCUGGAAAGAUUUAGGGAACUGCAAAGACAUUACGCCCUUCAAUCUCAGGCAGCACGUAAUGCUGCAGGAGAGAGUACUCAAAAGGAAGUGUAGCCUCGGCUUUUAAGUGAUUCAGGUUUCUUUCUGCUUCAUUCGCAACAUUGCAACAGCUGAAGCAGCCUCUUUCCUUGGCAGAUUUCCGAACCCUUUACUGAUAAGGAGAUGGUAGCCAUUCAUUGAGCCACAAAAACAUCUUGUGGAAGGUAUUGAAUUGAAUUUGGAACACAAAAUCAGGCUGACCAUUUGGCAGACAAGAAAAGGGAAAGGAAAAACAUUGAAAAAAAAAGGAGGAAAGAGUGGUUGUCACUAGAACUCCUGUGUGCUGCCUAACUAACUAGAACGGUGAUUGGCUUGGGUUGGGGUUGUGUGAUGGUUGUUUUGUUACUGAUAUCAUUAAAAAAUUCUUCAAAGUAGGUCAUUGGUGUAUCUUCAUGUGUCACCUUUCUUUUCAUGAGAUUUUGUAUUGGAAGAAUUGGCAGACCACUUUGUACAAAAGAAGAAAAGAAAAGAGUCAUAAUGUUAGAUUAAAGCACAUUUAAUUAUGAAGUGAAUCUUUUGCAUUCA